AUGGGUUCAGUGAAGAGCGAGGAUGAGCGGGGCGGGGAAAGGAGGUGGUCCGACGAUGCCGUCGUGUACGUCAACGGAGUUCGCCGGGUGCUGCCGGAUGGCCUGGCUCACCUGACUCUUCUCCAGUAUCUCAGGGGUGAGCCCUAAUUCAUGAUCUCGGUCGCCGAUUUCGAUUCCAUGGAGCGUAUAUACCUUCAAUCUGUUCGUCGGUUUCAAUAGGAUUGCCAUACCUUAGCACGCAAGAUCACCUCAUCAGCGAACGUCAAUAUCUGUUUAACGAUACGAGUGUCAACUAAGGAUGCGGAUUCUCCAAGUCCGCCUCAGGAAUGCCGCAUUUCUGAGAGGAAAGUAUGUUAAGGACACGCGAAGGAGACGUAAACAGGGACCGGACCAACCGAGUGAACAUAGACUUCUCUAUGUUUUGCUGGUCCGAUGUUCAGCUAAAGAGACUCUGACUCUGACAAGCGGCUAAGAUACGCGGACGCUUCCAUAUGGCUGACUGGCACACUCGACUGUGUUUAUUCAUAGUAUCCGGAUUUGCGGACAUUUGCGUGCAGCCAAGUAGUCUAACGGAUAUAGCCACUCGAUCAGAACCAGACUCGUUCACUAGGCUCUUGCUGUAGAUGAGAAAAAAAAGUUACUCUUCCUCAAUUGAAACAUUAUGUACUUUUAGGAAUUCUGGCGCAUGAACCGAAAGAAUUGUAUUUUUUUAGCUAGAUGAAUACUAUAGCGAUUUAAGCUAAUUAUUUCUGUAUUUGCGCGUACUGAUUUAAGACAGAACGUCUCAUCUGAUCGACCAUCUGCUUGCAUUUUUAUCUUAACUCGUUGGGUUUCAUUGAGAGAAUUCUUAUCAUUACUCUUGAAGAUCAAGUAUUUAAUCCGUCUCAAGGUCAAAAUUUAUGAAAUAUACUUUUAAAAGAUUUGCUUUCUCAAUGUCAUGUAAUGAAUUAAAUUUGUUUUCUUGGACUGCUGUCAUUUGCCUCACUAGAUUUCCGUCUUCUACAGAAACGAAUCGCAGUCUAAAAAAAGUUUUUAUGUAAAUGUAGAUAUAGGGUUAACAGGAACGAAAUUGGGUUGUGGUGAAGGUGGUUGUGGAGCCUGCACUGUGAUGGUUUCUUACUAUGAUCAUCAUUCGAAGAAAUCAGUGUGAGUACGGCCAACCCAUUCUCAUCUGCUGGAGAUUUGAUAUUAGUUCAAGAGAUGAUACUCUUUUGAACUAUCAGAUGAUUUUCUCUUUCAUUCAUGUUCGUAAAUGAGUCCAUGCUGACGAUUCGGUUUCAGUCAUAUUUUUCAACUGUAUUUUUUUAAUGAAGAACUACUCAUUUGUGUCAUUUACUCUAAACAAUGAAUUUGAAGAUUUAUUUUCCCAAAACUCUCUGGAUAUAUAUUUUUGCAUGUAAUGCAGGUUUAUUGUUUAAACCAUGCACAUUGAUUAACUAGGACAACUUUGCAAUGGAGCGACUCCUUUGAUGCUGCUUCUCCUGCUGCUGAUGCAGGCAUUACGCAGUCAAUGCAUGCUUGGCUCCCUUGUACUCUGUGGAAGGGAUGCAUAUAAUAACAGUGGAAGGUCUUGGGAAUCGUCAGCGUGGCUUGCAUCCUGUCCAGGUCACAAUUUGUUGUAGUUGAAAUCAUUUCUACUAAGCAUCUGACUUUUAUUCAUUUUCUACUAAGUGGGCGGGGAUCAAUUUCUGGGAUUUUCCAAUCCUGAAGCAGAUCGAACUGCCCUAUCGUGGGUGAACCCAGUUUUCAAAUAUGGUUCGCUAGCAUUUUGAAAUGUCAUCAUUCAUUCACUAUAAAAAAUGAGUUUUUUUUUCAACAGGUUUAUAUGUCUACAAGGGCUAUAAAUGCCAAUAAUUAUUACUGUGAUCAUUGAUUUUGAUCUGCUGAAGCAGUUAUUUUUUCUCAGUUUUGAAAAUUGGAUCAUUAACUCAGAUGCAUGUAUCAUAAAAUUUAUUGAAACUUGUUAUUUACUGUUUUGAACAGCAAUAUGAUUUGUGGGAAACACAAUAUGGGCAAACUUACAAUCAUGUCGGAGGCUUCUACUCUCAAACUCUAAAUUUUUUACGUCAAUCCUUGCAGCCAUUCUGUCAAUCAUUCUCAGUCAUAAACUAAUAGAUUUCAUUUCUACCGCAAGCAUAAGCACAUGCACACAUCUAUAUAGCUCUUGUGUUCUCGUAUUUUGUUUCCAAAUGCUCGCCAUGUUUGAUAGGUGUUUCCAUGUUACCGUGCUCAUGACCUAACAGUUAUAGACAAAUUAUUGCUAAGUUUCUUGUAGUGUGGGGUAAUAUAUAUAUGAUACAUAGAAUCUUGCCAACCGUUGAAGACCACCUAGGGUUUACUACUGUCCUGUGUUUAGUCUUCAAUGCGAUAUGUAUGCCAGAAUUGUGGUAACUCGAUCUUAGACUCUAAAGAAUGAGGAGCAGAGGAAUUGUUUCUGUUGCCUUAUGUUCAUUCUCCUAAAUGGAGCAUUGUAACUGCUAAACACUCAACUCAAUGCCCUCAUUUUGCAGCAGACUUAAUGAACAUAACAAAGUUGAGUAAUUUUAACUUAAUUUAUGUUUUCUGCCCAUUACGACACUUACUUUUAGAUUUUAAUAAGUUUCUUGCAGCAGGUGUCAUGAUAUUUUUUUUAUUCCGGUCCAAAAUUUGUUUCAGAUGAUUUCUUUAUGAAAAGUUUCACUUGGUUCCAGAGGCAGAUUGUACUUACCUCUGGUUUCUUCCAAAAUUUGCAUACAGGAACAUUUGGCGCAAUCCCAUGGCUCGCAAUGUGGAUUUUGCACUCCUGGUUUUGUUAUGUCUAUGUAUGCUUUGUUAAGGUCAAACAGAACUUUACCUACUGAGGAGCAGAUUGAAGAGAACCUUGCUGGAAAUUUAUGUCGUUGCACUGGUUAUAGACCGAUUGUUGAUGCUUUUCGAGCAUUUACAAAGACUAAUAAUUCCAUUUAUACGAACUCAUCUUCCUCGAGCACUUCAUCUGGUAACUUUAUUUGCCCAUCCAGUGGAGAACCAUGUGACUGUGGAGCUGCAACUGCGAAAAAGACUGAUAUUUCCGCUGAGCAUUUGACUUGCAGCAGCUUUUUGGAACCUGUUUCGCAUAGUGAUACUGAUGGAACUCUGUACACUGAAAAGGAGCUUAUUUUCCCCCCAGAGCUUUCACUGAGAAAAAUAAUGCCACUGAAAUUGAGUGGGCUUGGUGGACUGAAUUGGUUUCGACCUUUAAAAUUAGAACAUGUUUUGGAACUGAAAUUGCAAUAUCCAGAUGCAAAGCUCAUUGUUGGCAAUACCGAGGUAGGGAUUGAAAUGAAGUUUAAGAACGCCCAAUACAAGGUCCUCAUUUCUGUUUCACACGUACCUGAACUUAAUGCCUUGAACAUCACAGAGAAAGGAUUGGAAAUUGGUGCUGCAGUAAGACUGACAGAACUCCAGAACUAUCUUCAAACAUUAGUGCUUGAGCGUAAUUCUCAAGAAACUUCGUCGUGCAUGGCCUUAAUGGAACAAUUAAAAUGGUUUGCUGGAAAACAGAUAAGAAAUGCUGCUUCUGUUGGUGGAAACAUCUGCACCGCCAGUCCAAUAUCAGACUUGAAUCCCCUGUGGAUCGCUGCCGGUGCAAAAUUUAAAAUUAUUGAUCCCAAAGGAAACAUUAGAACCACUCCUGCAAAAGAUUUCUUCCUUGGUUACCGUAGGGUUGAUUUGUGUCCGAGUGAGAUACUGCUUUCCAUCUUCUUACCGUGGACUAGACCCUAUGAGUUUGUAAAGGAAUUCAAGCAGGCACAUCGUAGAGAUGAUGACAUAGCACUUGUAAAUGCAGGAAUGCGUGUUUUUGUCAAAGAAAAUCACCAAAACUGGGAAGUCGUUGAUGCUUCUAUCGUUUUUGGUGGCGUAGCUCCUGUUUCCUUGGCUGCAGUUCGAACAGAAUCAUUUAUUGUAGGGAAAACAUGGGAUAAGAAGCUUUUGCACGAUGCCUUGAGUAAUCUAAAAGAAGAAAUUUCACUUGGAGAGGAUGCACCGGGUGGAAUGAUAGAGUUCCGCAAAUCGUUGACAUUGAGUUUUUUUUUCAAAUUUUUCCUCUGGGUUUCUUCUAUGUUGAAUGACAACAAACAUGACAUAGACCGCCUGCUGGCUCGUGAGCAAUCAGCUAUACGGCCAUUUGAUAGACCACCAUCCACAGGAAGCCAAAGUUAUGAAUUAGUGAACCGUGGGACAUCUGUAGGGCAUCCUAGCGUUCACCUUUCAGCAAGGCUACAGGUAUUUUUUUUCAUCCUUGAAUUAAGUUUUCUACCACAUCUUUCUGUAAUGUGUUUUGAUGUUUGGUUCCACAGUACAAAUAAUAGGUCUUAUUACACUAUUUUUUGUCAUAUCUCCCGUGCAUAAAUUAUCCUACUUGACAUAGACUUUAGCAACACUUUGUUGAUGAACUUUGUUUCAUUGUUAUCCGUUGACCAUCUAUUGUUCUUGCAAGCUCUGAAAACUUCUCAAGGGUCCAUCUGGCUUGCUUAUUUGGGUCCAUUUUAAUGACCCUAGAUUUAUUUUUUUUCCAAACCUGUUGUCCGUUGAUAUGGAUUAUGAUAGAUGCAUCUAAGGCCAAGGACAUGAUAAAUGAACAUUGGUUGGUGUGGAUGAAUUUUAAAUUGUAAAAGAAGUAAUCUGCUUGGAAUCGGAAGAUGUUCAUCAUAAUAACUUUAUGCAUACUGCAUAAGUUUUUUAUAGUUGGUUUUCCAACAUAUAUUCCUCUGACUUUCUAGUAUUCUUGAAAUUCAGGUUUCUGGAGAGGCAGAAUAUGUGGAUGAUGUUCAAAUGCCUCAAAGUGGCUUACAUGCUGCUCUAGUAUUAAGCACAAAGGCGCAUGCUCGAAUACUUUCUGUGGAUGAUUCUUCUGCCAGGUGCUCGCCUGGCUUCGCGGGGAUAUUUUCUUACAAGGACGUUCCCGGUAGUAAUUGCAUUGGACCAGUGGUUCAUGAUGAGGAACUAUUUGCCUCUGAGAUUGUUACUUGUGUGGGCCAGGUAUAUGGAACUUUAACAACUUGCCUCUAUUGUGCUGUAUCUUUUUCGUUUCUCUUCGAAAGUUUUAUAUUCUGGGUUAUUUUUAUUUAAUGAAUUGUGCUCAAAGAGAUUCAUCUGCACUAAGAAUGAAUAUUUCACAAUCAGGUUGUUGGGGUGGUUGUUGCUGAUACACACGAAAAUGCGAAGAAAGCAGCACAAAAAGUAGUUGUUAGAUAUGAAGAGCUUCCAGCUAUUUUAUCUAUAAGAGACGCCAUCAAAUUCAACAGCUUUCAUCCUAACACCAGACGAUGCCUUGUCAAAGGAGAUGUUGACUCGUGUUUUCAGUCUUGUGAUCAAAUCAUAGAAGGUGAGGUUCAGAUUGGCGGUCAAGAGCAUUUCUACUUGGAACCAAAUUGCAGUUUUGUAUGGACAGUUGAUGGCGGAAACGAGGUUCACAUGAUUUCUAGUACUCAAGUAAGUCAUUAACAGGUGGAUAUUGAAUUCUAAUCUAGAAUGUCCAUGCCUGCGGUUUCAAGGGUAAUAAUUACAUUCUUGUAAUUCAUGUUCUUAAAACAAAAAAGGCCGAAUUUUUUUUGUCAUUUUCAAAUUUAUUGAUCUCAAUUCAAGUAGUGAACUGUAUUUGCUAACAAAAGGGGUUUAUUAGAUCGUCUUCAAUAUAACCAUGUUGAAUGUUUGGACGAUGUGAAAAGUUUUAUUUUAUUUAAGGUCUAUUAAUACACCUAAAAUGGAAAAAAAAAAGCAUUCUGCAUUGAUAAAUACAAUUCUGCUCGGGGCAAGUAGCUGAUGAUAAAGGGACUGCGACCUGAUUGGCAGAUAUACAUCAAGGUUUGGUGGCCAUAGAGUCUUUUACUAGUUUUUUGUAAAGCAUUCUGUCUAUCGAAAACAAUUUGAUAUUAUGACUAGCUCAGGCUUCAUACUCUCGAAAUCCUGAAUCAUGCGGCUGAAAAUUCUAGAUUGGCUUAGUAACUUGGUACAAAUUUAGUCAAGUGAUUGCCGCAGCUCACUAUUUUGGUUGUUUUUUUAUGUAUUAACCUUAUUAAUCGAAUGCCCUUUAGGCUGUUGAAUAAAUUAAUGAGUGUCUGGUUCAGUGACUUUUCCCUCAAUAACUUCGAUAACCACCCAAAAAAAAAGGAAAAAUAUAAAGCGUUGGAAGAUAAUGUUGACUUUGUUAAAUUGUAAAAGCUAUUACUCGCUAAAUGCCUACCCAGGUUUGUUCCAAGCUGCAAAUCAUACAGUGAUUUUUUUUUAAAAAGAAAUCUAUUGAUUCCUGUUUUUCCAUAUGUCUGCAUACUUGAUUCAAAAAAAAAUCAUUCAUUCUUAUUGUCAAUCAGGCUCCUCAGAAGAGCCAGAAGUACGUUGCUGGUGUUCUUGGUCUUCCAUUAUCAAAGGUGGUGUGCAAAACGAAGCGGAUAGGUGGUGGAUUUGGUGGGAAAGAGACAAGAGCAGCUUUUAUUGGUGCUGCAGCCGCUGUUGCCUCAUAUCAUUUGAAGAGACCGGUAAAAAUCACCUUAGACAGAGAUAUAGAUAUGUUGAUCACUGGACAACGCCAUAGCUUUCUUGGAAAAUAUAAGGUAUGUGGCUUGUGGAUGGUUGACUUUUGCUAUUAUAAAAAGGGCAAACAUGAAAGCUAUGUUUUGCAGUAUUCUGAUAUAAUUUUCCAGUUCCUGAGUCAAGUUUGCAGUAGUAUUCCUUCAUUAUUGAGCAGAAAAAACUUUUAUUUGGGUUGCGUUAAUAGAAGGACCUUCCAUUAAUUCUCCUGGCAUUGAAUUAACCAGGCCUGAUUAUGGAUGCCAUUUCCAUUUUGUGGGCAAUGAUCUUUAGUUGCCCAACUAUGCCCCAAUUGUAUAACAUCUUUCUAAUGGGAGGAAACAGAGUCUAAUUGCAUUGAUGCUUGUCGUGUGAUCUUCUUGGUGGGUGCUUAAAGGUCCGAAGCACUAUCCAGUUCGUCGGCCGGAUCUGCAGUUGUGCAUCACUUUUGCACAUUUAUAUUCCUCAUAGGAUAUUAAUAAUUUUACUUAAUAUAAUAUGGACUUCCCUUAUCAUUUAGUAUUUGGCUUAAGAGGUUCACUUUUCUCCACUUCUUUUAGGUGGGGUUCACAAAUAGUGGAAAGGUUCUGGCUUUGGAUCUUGAAGUUUACAAUAAUGGAGGAAAUUCUUUAGAUCUGUCUCUCGCUAUCCUCGAGCGUGCGAUGCUUCACUCCGACAAUGUCUAUGAUAUUCCUCAUCUUAGGGUUACCGGGCAAGUAUGCCACACAAACUUGCCAAGUAAUACAGCUUUUCGAGGAUUUGGUGGGCCUCAGGGUAUGCUUAUUACAGAGAACUGGAUUCAGAGGAUCGCCAUGAAGCUUCAGAAAUGUCCCGAAGAGAUACGGGUAUAGUCAUCUUAAAUUUACCUAUAUCUUUUAUAUUGAGAAUCCACAAACAUGAUGUCUCUGCCUGCAGGAAGCCAAUCUUCAGGGUGAAGGUUCUGUUACGCAUUAUGGUCAUCAACUCCAGAACUGUACAUUGAAACAAGUUUGGAAUCAACUAAAGGAAUCUUGUGACUUCCUAAAGGCUCAGGAGGAUGCGAAACAGUUCAACCUCAUGAAUCGUUGGAGGAAACGUGGAGUUGCCAUUGUUCCGACAAAGUUUGGUAUCUCCUUCACUGCAAAAUUCAUGAACCAGGUUUGUAAAGCUUCAUCUCAAUGGAAGAGUGUAUGGGAUUGUCUUGUGUUUAUAUGACACAUGAAUGUGGUUGCGUUUCACUGGUCUUAGUUGAUUUUGGCAUCGUGCUCAUAAGUGGGCUCCUAGAUUACUCAAUAUAUGUCGUGAAUAGUAGUAUUGGGAGACAGUGGCAUUCUCUACAUCCCCAUCAUUUGAUCGCAGGAUCGUCCAAGAGAGUUUAGUGUGUUCAGACAUUAUUUUCAUCGGACUGCAUUUCUCUAGUGACGCCUUGGGCUCUUGCCAUGUUUCGCACAGAGAAUUCAAUAUCUGUGGACUCACUUUGCCUGUGACAUCAUCGUUGCACUGCAUUGUCUGAUUGGGUACUCAUUUCUCGAUUUUUGCUACUUAACAGGCAGGUGCUCUUGUGCAAGUUUAUAUUGAUGGGACUAUUCUUGUGACUCAUGGGGGUGUUGAGAUGGGACAAGGCCUACACACUAAAGUCGCUCAGGUUGCUGCAUCAUCGUUCAAUGUUCCCCUGAGCUCUGUUUUCAUAUCCGAUACCAGCACAGACAAGGUGAAUCUUCUAAAACUAUUUCAUGACGAGACUUCCGCACUAAUUUAUACCUAAAUUUAUAUGGGCAGGGAAGGAAAGAUGCCCAAAUUAGCGUGCUACUGAUAGCAGCUAAGAUCAUCAGAGGCUGCUAUCAGUAGCAUGCUAUUGUAACCAUUCCUCUUAGUGGGUAUUUCUGACACUUUUGUAUUGUUCUAGGUUCCUAAUGCUUCUCCUACAGCAGCCUCAGCAAGUUCCGAUAUGUACGGCGCUGCUGUCUUAGAUGCUUGCGAGCAAAUAAAGUCGAGAAUGCAACCUGUUGCUUCUCGGCUGGGACAAAAUGCUUCCUUUGCGGAGGUACUAUUCCGAUUGACUCAUCGCAUGAAAUAAUCAUUUUUCCCAUCAUUUACAUAUAGAAGAUCUCUCAUCUUGAACAAAGAUAAGAAGACACAGACUUAGACUCUGAAGUCACCUUUCUAACUAUAAAUCGCAUUUUAAUGUCCACCAUUUCUGAAGUCAAAUUUCCCAUAUAAUUAAGCUUUCAACGUUUUAUAUUAUUUUAAUUCCAUAGAAUUCUCAUCGUUGUUCUCUAUUUCACGAUCAGCUGGCGCUUGCAUGCCACAUGGACCGGAUAGACUUGUCUGCUCACGGAUUUUACAUCACGCCGGAUAUUGGCUUUGAUUGGGAAAGUGGUAAAGGCUCUCCCUUCAGCUACUACACCUACGGAGCUGCAUUUGCUGCCGUCGAAAUCGACACUCUGACCGGGGACUUCCACACCAGAGAGGCAGAUAUCUUGAUGGAUCUUGGCUAUUCGCUCAAUCCCGCCAUUGAUUUAGGCCAGGUAGACCCAUGCAAAACUUGUAAUCAUCCAUGUUGAGAUGCAUGCGGGGUUCCUGACCAUGAAACUGCGUUCAUCGCUCCUUCUGACGUUCAUGUUUGCCAUAUUUUCCUAGGUUGAAGGAGCCUUCAUCCAAGGACUGGGGUGGCUGACCUUGGAAGAGCUGAAGUGGGGAGAUGGAGAUCACAAGUGGGUUAAGCCUGGACACCUCUACACCUCUGGCCCCGGAACCUACAAGAUUCCUACCAUAAAUGAUAUCCCUCUCAAGUUCAACGUAUCCCUUCUUCAGGUAUCCCUCUGACCAACUGUAUUUUCUUCCAAUAUUUAAUGGAAAACACAGUGAUUCCUCCAAGAACGCUCUCUCUGAUCAUCAUAGAAUGCGUUCGUAGUGAUGUUACUUUGAAACCCGGCGUGUGUGUCUGUUUCUCCGCAGGGUUUUCCCAACCCGAAGGCCAUCCAUUCCUCCAAGGCCGUGGGGGAGCCGCCCUUCUUUCUUGCUUCCGCCGUCUUCUUCGCCAUUAAAGAAGCAAUCGCAGCUGCCAGAGCGGAGGAAGGGUGCGAUGGGUGGUUCCCUCUGGACAGCCCGGCGACGCCGGAGAGGAUCCGCAUGGCUUGCGUCGAUCAUUUCACCAAGGGCUUUGCCGAUGCGGAUUAUCGCCCCAAGCUCAGCGUCUGA